GUCUACAAUGACAAAGACGGCUCCGUUGAACAGAAGCAGCUCAACUAUGUGCCAGGACUUUACAAGAUUUUCGACGAGAUCUUGGUGAACGCCGCGGACAAUUAUGUGAGGGACAACUCCCAGACCUACAUCAAGGUGAGCAUCAACGACAAAGACGGCUGCAUCACCGUGGAAAAUAACGGUCAGGGACUACCAGUCGAGGAGCACAAGGAGCACAAGAUGUAUGUUCCCGAGAUGGUGUUCGGACAUCUCCUCACAAGCGACAACUACGACGACAGCGAGAAGAAGGUAACCGGCGGACGAAAUGGCUAUGGGGCCAAGCUGACCAACAUUUUCUCCACAAAGUUUGAGAUCGAAUGUGGUGAUUCCGAGCGCAGAAAGAAGUACAAACAGACCUGGGAGGAGAACAUGCGCAAGAAGCAGAAGGCCACAAUCUCGGGACAUGUGGGUGAGAGCUUCACCAAGAUUACUUUCUGGCCAGAUCUCUCCCGCUUUGGCAUGAAGAAGCUGGAUAAGGACAUUGUCGGGCUUAUGUGUCGUCGCGUUGUCGACGUGGCAGGCACAACUCCGCCAAAGUGCAAGGUGUACUUGAACGGCAAGAGGCUGGAGAUCAACAGCUUCAAGGACUACAUCGCGCUGUACACCGGAACCGAAGAUGUUCAAAUUGUGCAUGAGAAGUGCCACGAACGUUGGGAGGUCGCGAUGACGGUGUCAGAUGGCCAGUUCCAGCAGGUGUCCUUCGUGAACAACAUCGCAACCACGAAGGGAGGAACCCAUGUCGUUCAUGUUGCAGAUCAGCUUGUGGAGGCGAUCACCCAGAAGGUCAACAAGCAAAACAAGGGUGGCAUGGAAGUGAAACCGUACCAUGUGCGCAACUACCUUUGGGUCUUCGUGAAUGCGCAGAUCGAGAACCCCUCCUUCGACUCGCAAACCAAAGAGACAAUGACGCUGAAGCAGUCGAAAUUCGGGUCCAAUUGCACGAUUCCUGACAAGAUGAUCAACAGCGUCUUAAAGACUGGCAUAGUUGACAUGGUACUUCAGUGGGCGAAGGCCAAAGAGGAGAUCGACCUGGGGAAGACCCUCAAAGGUGGUUCCAGCGCGCCCAACAAGAAGACGAAGCGCUUGCUCAACAUUCCCAAGUUGGAGGAUGCCAACCUCGCUGGCAGUCGUGAUGGUCGAGAGUGCACUCUCAUCCUCACAGAGGGAGACAGUGCCAAGUCUUUGGCAGUUGCUGGCCUGGGCGUAAUUGGAAGAGACCGGUAUGGUGUCUUCCCACUUCGAGGAAAGAUUCUGAACGUGCGUGAUGCGACUUUUGCGCAGACCAUGAGUAACGCGGAAAUCGCAAACAUCACGAAGAUCAUCGGUUUGGAGCCACGGAAGGAGUACCAUUCAACAAAUGGUCUGCGCUACGGCUCCAUUAUGGUCAUGACAGAUCAGGACUACGACGGGUCGCACAUCAAAGGGCUGAUCCUGAACUUUGUGCAGCACUGGUGGCCCUCGCUGUUCAAGCUUCCUGGCUUCAUGACGGAGUUCGUCACCCCAAUUGUGAAGGUGUCCCGUCGGAACAUCAUGCAGCAGUUCUUCACAAUGCAGGAGUACGAGAAGUGGAAGGAAGAGAACAACAACGGCAAGGGCUGGCAUCUGAAAUACUACAAAGGUCUCGGAACUUCUACCAUGGCGGAGGCCAAGGAGUACUUCAGCAAUAUCAAUGAACACAGCCUGUCCUUCGAGUACAAGGGCCAGCACGAUGAUGAAGCUUUCGACAUGGCCUUCAACAAGAAAAGAGCCGAUGACCGAAAGGAGUGGAUCAACGAUGCGGAUGAUGAGGAGUUUGUGGACCACUCCAAGGACACGGUUUCAUACCUGGACUUUGUGAACAAGGAGUUGGUGCAGUUCGCGAAGUACGAUGUUCUUCGCGCGAUCCCCUCGGUGGUGGACGGUUUCAAGCCAGUCCAGCGUAAGAUUAUGUGGGCUUCUUUCAAGCGCAACCUGAAGAAUGACAGGGACUCAGUCUGA